AUUACCAGUCAUUCUGAAAUUGGAAAUGUUUCAUUAAAUUUGUGGGUUGAAAAUUAUCGUUGCUAGAUGUAUUGAUGUUAGCAGGAAAUGGAUCUGAACCAAAUUUUUCAUCUGCAUGUAGUCACACGGAUAAAGAUAUUUUGUUUCCUUUCGUUUUUUCUGACUAGUCUUUCCAGAACCAGUCGUGAAGGGGAAAUACGUUUAGUUGGAGGUGCCUGCCAGCUUCAGGGAAGACUUGAAAUUUUUCACAAUGGUAUAUGGGGAACCGUCUGUGAUGAUUCGUUUGGUUACAACGAUGCAAUUGUCGUGUGCAAACAGCUAGGUUCAAGUUCCUGGACAAAUGUUCAGUUCUACACAUCAGGUGACGGAAUGGGACACAUUUGGCUUGAUGACAUAAGCUGCAGUGGACACGAAACAAAAUUGAGUAGUUGUGGUAAUAGGGGUUGGGGAACUCACAACUGUGGACACACUGAAGAUGUUGGAAUCUGGUGUUUUGACGCAUCUGAAGGUGAUUUAAGAUUAAUUGGUGGAACAGAUUAUGGACGAUUGGAAAUAUACCACAGCAAUUCAUGGGGAUCAAUUUGUGACGAUGGCUUUACUAAAAACAACGCUAUUGUUGCAUGCAGGCAACUGAAACUAAGAAGUUCAAAUGCUGAGUUUUAUACCGCUGGUAAUGGUGAUGGAAUGAUAUGGUUAGAUGACGUCAACUGCACUAAAACAAAAGCUGGUAUAGACAUGUGUAGCAAUAUAGGAUGGGGGGUAAAUAACUGUGGCCACAGUGAAGAUGUUGGCGUUAGAUGUUAUGGUAGUCAUCAAAUAUUUAAAGGCGAUCUUCGUCUUGUUGGAGGUAACAGUCCUCGUGAAGGACGUCUGGAGGUGUAUUACAAUUAUCAAUGGGGAACUGUAUGCUCAGACCAUUUUGAUAUUGUGGAAGCACGUGUUGCAUGUAAACAGCUUGGGUAUAGUACGGAUGCUAUAGAGAUAUAUAAACCUGUUGGCGCUUCAUCAAAUACUAAAAUAUGGAUGGAUGACGUCAGGUGCACUUCAUAUAAAACACGCUUGGAAGCUUGCAGUCGGAGAAGUUGGGGUAGUCAUGACUGUAGUCAUUUUCAGGAUAUUGGUAUCAAAUGUUUUGGAAAAUACGUCGUAAGUGGAAACUGGGGUCAAUGGACUGCUUGGGGUAUGUGUAGCUUUUCAUGUGGCAAUGGAAAUCAAUCAAGAAGGAGACGAUGCAACAGUCCAAUUCCGUCUGCAGGAGGCAGUGAUUGCAACGGAACAAAUAUUCAGACACAGACGUGCAAUGUAUUGAGUUGCCCCGUCGAUGGCGACUGGAGUGGAUGGUCUGCCUGGAAUAGCUGUAGUGCAACAUGUAACGGUGGAAUUCAGGAUAGGACUCGAAAAUGUAAAGCACCCCAACCAUCCAAUGGAGGCCUUUAUUGCAAUGGAACACCGAUAAAAAGUCGUCCUUGUAACAACGUUUAUUGUGAAAUUCAUGGACAUUGGGGAAGUUGGCAGGAGUGGGAGUCCUGCAAUACAACUUGUGGAAAUGGAUUCAAACAAAGAUCCCGUAAUUGUGACAGUCCCCCUCCAAUGUUCAAUGGAUCUGAAUGUAUUGGACUUAAUUUUGAUAUUGAAAUAUGCAAUAAGGACAUAUGUCCAGGUAUUCAAGGAAAGAUAAACGAUGAAUCAUCAAAACCGUUCUCGGUCGAGCUGCUGGUAGGUGUUGCAGGUGGUUGUAUUGUUGUGACAGCUAUCAUCAUUUUCAUAGGUCUCUUUGCAUUCCGUAGAUUUAAACCAGGGCAAUUUGCAAAAUCAAAAAGAAAUGCGGGUAAAAACAAAAGUAUUGGUGAUUCACGAGUUACAAGCCAACCUAACGAUUAUGGACGCAGUGGACGUUCUAGUGGCACACACAGUGGUGUUUAUGACAAUAUUGAGAUUGGUGGUCAUACAAAUACUCAAUUAAAUUGCCAUAAUGAGGAAAUAUACGAGAAUCUGAAAUUAUAA